AUGGUUUCCCCCACGCUCGAAGAGUACCAGAUCGGCUGGAUAUGUGCCCUUCCAAUCGAGGCGGCCGCUGCUCAAGAAAUGCUUGAUGAAAGCUUUGGGACCCUCGAAGAGCAGGACAGCACGGACACUAAUAUAUACAUUUUGGGCCGAAUUGGCAAGCAUUUGGUUGUGAUCGCAUGCUUGGGAGGGCAGUAUGGGACAACUUCAGCCACCACCGUGGCUAAUAACAUGAUGCGAACCUUUUCCAAGUCGCUGCGGAUUGGAUUAAUGGUUGGUAUCGGAGGAGGAAUUCCUUCUGCGGCUCAUGAUAUACGGCUCGGAGACAUUGUGGUCAGUUAUCCUACUGGCACGUGUGGCGGUGUGGUCCAGCAUGACAUGGGGAAAGUUGGUGAAGCUACCUGUGAUGGUUGCCCGGCCGAGUGGGAGGUAGAAAGGGAUAAACGAGACGACAACGAGUCACAGCUAUACUAUGGUGUUAUUGCGUCAGGGAAUGUUGUGGUGAAGGACGGUGAAACCCGGGAGCAUUUGCGGAAAGAAACAUGCGCCUUAUGCUUUGAAAUGGAGGCUGCAGGCUUAAUGCAGGACUUCCCUUGCAUUGUCAUCCGGGGUAUCUGUGAUUAUGCCGAUUCGCACAAGAAUAAGCAGUGGCAAGGGUAUGCAGCAUUGGCAGCUGCAUCCUAUGCAAAAGAAUUACUCAGUUAUGUCCCACGUGGUCAAGUGUCACAGGAGAAGCUGGUGACUGAGAUUUGUACGAUAAUCAGUCAACAACUUAAAAUAGUGAAUAACACCACUGAUAACAUUAACCAAAAAAUCACUUUGGACCGAUUAAAGAUUGCAGAAGGGGCGGCAUUUGAUUCAUAUGCAAACCAGCAUGAAAAAUGUCUUCCUGGAACUAGACGUGAACUUCUCGACCAUAUCGAAAGACCUGAACUCCCGAUCCGCCUGGGUUUCAAGCAGAUCGCCGGCAACCACCAAAACAUGGACCUUCAUGAGAUCCCAACGCCAAUAAUCGAGCGUGAUAUCUCGCUAUAUUUUAAUGAUAAGCUUUCUCAGUUAAGAGAAGAGCAUUCGCUUCCAACUCACUGGCCUAGGCAUGACCAUAUCAAAAGCUUGGUUGACAGGGCUGUGCCAUUAUUUAUUGCUGCUGCCACUAUCUGUCGAUUUAUUGGUGAAAGUUGGAAUCCUCAAGAACGUCUUGAAGCAAUACUCUCAGACCAGACAAUCUAUAUCCCCGGGAUGGCCAGGACAUACGUGCCAGUUCUAAAGCAACUGCUUCUUGGUCAGGAUGAGUGGGAAACCAAGGAGCUGAUUGAAGACUUCAGAAGAAUAGUUGGAGUUAUUAUUAUCCUAGCCACUCCACUCUCAAUUAAUGCCCUCAGCAAGCUUUUAUUCAGGAAGCCAAAGGAUCUCAGUUAUCGCUUGAGGCAGCUCCACUCAGUCCUUAACUUAGUUGACAAUUUACAUACUCCAGUCCGGACCUUGCAUUUAUCAUUCAGGAAUUUUCUUGUGGAUCUUAAGACAAAACAGGCCAAAGAGAGCGAAGAGUUUUGGAUAGAUGAAAAGGCAAUACAUAACACGCUUAUAGAUCAUUGCCUCGGGAUCAUGGACCAUGGUCUCAAGAAGAAUAUCUGCAACCUGUCAAGUGAUGGGACCCAACGCAGUGAGAUUGAUCCACAGUGCAUUGAGCGUCAUCUACCACCGGAACUACGAUAUGCCUGUCGGUACUGGGUAGAGCACUUGAGCCUGUGCCAGAACCCAUUUACCGAAAACUCAGUUACUAGAGAAAUAUUUAAGAACCAGCUCACAAACUGGAACCAAUUACCAAGGGUGAAAGAAGAAUGGAGCGCAGAGGUACAGACUCUUGAGGGCCAUUCUGGCUCGGUUUGGUCAGUGACUUUCUCACCUGAUAGUCAGCUGCUGGCAUCUGGCUCUGGUGACGGCACUAUUAAGCUCUGGGAUCCCAGCACAGGCGAGCUGUGUCAGACUCUUAAGGGCCAUUCUGCUUUAGUUCAGUCUGUGACUUUCUCACCUGAUGGUCAGCUGCUGGCAUCUGGCUCUGGUGACGGCACUAUUAAGCUCUGGGAUCCCAGCACAGGCAAGCUGUGCCAGACUCUUAAAGGCCAUUCUGCUUUAGUUCAGUCUGUGACUUUCUCACCUGAUGGUCAGCUACUGGCAUCCGGCUCUAAUGAUCGCACGAUCAGGCUCUGGGAUCCCAGCACAGGCGAGCUGCGCCAGACUCUUAAGGGCCAUUCUAGUUGGGUUCAGUCUGUGGCUUUCUCACCUAAUGGUCGGCUGCUGGCGUCCGGCUCUGCUGACUGCACUAUUAGGCUCUGGGAUCCCAGCACAGGCGAGCUGUACCAGGCCCUUGAGGGCCAUUCCAGCUCUGUUAAGUCUGUGACUUUCUCACCUGAUGGUCAGCUGCUGGCAUCUGGCUCUGAUGACCGUAUGAUCAGGCUCUGGGAUCCCAGCACAGGCAAGGUGCGCCGGAUUCGUAGGGGUCACUCUGGUUGGGUUCAGUCUGUGACUUUCUCACCUGAUGGUCAGCUGCUGGCAUCCGGCUCUGAUGACCACACUAUCAUACUCUGGGAUCCCAGCCCAGGCCUGCGCCAGGCCCUUAAGGGCCAUUCUAGCUCUGUUAAGUCAGUGACUUUCUCACCUGAUGGUCGGCUGCUGGCAUCUAGCUCUGAUGAUAACACUAUUAAGCUCUGGGAUCCCAGCACAGGCGAGCUGCGCCAGACUCUUAAGGGCCAUUUUCGUUCAGUAUUGUCUGUGACUUUCUCACCUGAUGGUCAGCUGCUGGCAUCUGGCUCUGCUGAUAAGACUAUCAAGCUCUGGGAUCCCAGCACAGGCGAGCUGCGCCAGACUCUUAAGGGCCAUUCUGGUUGGGUUCAGUCUGUGGCUUUCUCACCUAAUGGUCGGCUGCUGGCGUCCGGCUCUGCUGACUGCACUAUUAGGCUCUGGGAUCCCAGCACAGGCGAGCUGCGCCAGACUCUUAAGGGCCAUUUUCGUUCAGUAUUGUCUGUGACUUUCUCACCUGAUGGUCAGCUGCUGGCAUCCGGCUCUAAUGAUCGCACGAUCAGGCUCUGGGAUCCCAGCACAGGCGAGCUGCGCCAGACUCUUAAGGGCCAUUCUAGUUGGGUUCAGUCUGUGGCUUUCUCACCUAAUGGUCGGCUGCUGGCGUCCGGCUCUGCUGACUGCACUAUUAGGCUCUGGGAUCCCAGCACAGGCGAGCUGUACCAGGCCCUUGAGGGCCAUUCCAGCUCUGUUAAGCCUGUGACAUUCUCACCUGAUGGUCAGCUGCUGGCAUCCAGUUCUGGUGACCGCACUAUCAGGCUUAAUCCCAGCACAGGCGAGCUGCGCCAGACUCUUGAGUGUCACUCCUAUUGGGUUUGGGAUAAAGAGGAUGCUAAUGUAUCAAUACAAGACCAUCAGUGGAUAUGUCUUCAAGGGAAACGGGUUUUAUGGCUUCCCACAGAGUACCGAGCAAUCUGCUUGGCAUUUAAACAUAGUGUCCUUGCUCUUGGACAUGCAAAUGGCCGGGUUUCCUUUAUGUCAUAUAACGAUUAUUUAUUGGCCUAG